AUGGCUCAACUUGCUCUUUCAUUGCUCUUACUGAGCGGUGCUACUGCCUUCUCAUCUCGUCUGCCUGUCCAACUCCAUACCCGCUCAGCGGUAACAUCACGCCUCGCCAAUGUCCAUCUCUCGGUUGAGAGGUCCAUUCCUGGCCCCGUCACCGUCACCUAUGGGUCUUGUUUGUCUACGACCAAGCAGGACUCUCACCAUAUUCUAGGAGAAGCAGACGGCGAUAGGAAGCAUUCAAGUUCGGUACGGCUCGUAUGGGUCCUCCCCGAAGACAGCGAGUCCGGUGGCUGCCUCUCGGCUUGGGACUCAGUAGGCACCCUUGUCGGACGGAGCGAGCCCCAGGAACUUCAGCAGCGUCAUAAGCGCAGGGCGAGCAAGCGUGCCGAUAGCAUCCCAAUGGACAACUCUACCGGCAUCGAUGUCCUAGGGCCAUGGUUUGAGGGGGUAAGGCUCUUGGAGAACAGGCAGCCAGGUCCCGUGGAUGUCAAAGCCGCCAAGGCCAAGGAGAUCGCCAUUGUGGGAGCGGGCAUGUCGGGCCUCAUGAGCUAUCUCGUCCUGCACCAGGCCGGGAUGAAGAACAUUAAAAUUCUUGAAGCGGGCCAGCGUCUUGGUGGCAGAGUCCACACCGAGUACCUUAGCGGCGGUCCUUUCGACUAUUCGUACCAGGAGAUGGGCCCGAUGCGGUUCCCCUAUACCUACAUGGAUCCAGCAACCAACGAGACGCUCAAUAUCUCGGACCACAGACUGGUCUUCCAGCUGGCUGAGGAGAUGAAUCGCCUCAACCGAAACGAUAAGAACCUGAGUGUUGACUUCAUCCCCUGGAUCCAGAGCAAUCCGAACGGGCUGGUCUACAGGAACGGCUUCAAGCUCCCCACGGGGCUACCGCCCACCGUUGCCCAAAUCCAGGCCGAUCCGUCUCUCGGAGGCCCCGUAAAGGUGAUGGAUGAGUCAACGAGGCAGCUAUCGGCCGCCGUGCAGGAGUACAUGCCUGGAUCCGAGAUCUACGCUGAGAUUGCUCGCAACACGUUCAAGGCUCACAAAGACUGGAUCGAAAACGGUCUUAAGGGACUAGGUGGUGACGUUUGGUCCGAGUUUGCUUUCAUGGUCAAUCACUUAAAGGGCAGCCUCAAUGACACGGAUGUUAUCGGCGGCGGAGAUGAGGCAUACUGGCACACCGCCGCGUGUUCUGAAAUGCAGCUUUACGACGCACUCUACUUCAGUGCCGCCUCUUGGAGAACCAUCAACGGGGGUCUCAACCGCCUGCCCCUUUCCUUCCACCCCCUCGUCAACAAAGUCACCCACAUGAACCGCAAGAUUGAGCGCAUUGCGUUCGUCCCAGGCAGGAAUAACGGAACCAGCAAAGUCCAGCUACACUGGCGCGACACCUCCCGACGGGGCAACUCCCACCUGCAGAGUUCGGUGCACGACUACGCCCUCAUCUCGGCGCCCUUCUCCGUGGUCCGCAGCUGGCGGCUCCCGCCCACCCUCUCGACGACAAUGGCCAACGCGAUCCAGCACCUCCACUACCAGCAGGCGUGCAAGGUCGCGCUCGAGUACUCGACCCGCUUCUGGGAGCACUACGCCAACCCCAUCGUGGGGGGCUGCUCGACCACGUCCGACAUACCGGGGAUCGGGUCCAUCUGCUACCCGAGCUACAACAUCAAUGGCACGGGCAAAGCCACCAUCCUCGCCAGCUACUUCUCGACCGAUCCCUGGCCCGUUUCGCUGUCGGAGGAGGACCAUGUCAAGUACGUGCUGGAUGCCAUGACCGAGAUUCAUGGAGAGAGCACGAGGAAGCUGUAUACCGGCAGGUAUAACAGGCGCUGUUGGGCGCUGGAUCCCCUAGAGGCGGCCGGCUGGGCGUCGCCGACUGUGGGACAGCAUCAGCUGUAUAUCCCGGAGUAUUUUAAGACGCAUGAUGGGCUUAUUUUCAUCGGCGAGCACACGAGCUACACUCACGCCUGGAUUGCAUCCGCCUUGGAGUCAGGGAUACGGGGUGCAGUGCAGCUGCUACUUGAACUCGGGUUGGUGGAUGAGGCCAAGGAGGCCGUGACCAAGUGGAUGGCAAGAUGGAUCGACAUUUGAGU